AAUCCAACAAAUUACACCAACAAGCUGUAUCAACACGCUCCUAGCUCUCAUGCCAUUGCUACCAAGCAUUUCCAUUUCCCAUCACCUUCUGCAGCUCCUCUCCCCCGACUCAAGUUCCAACGAUCCCAAUCCAUGGCACUUUGCUCCUCUCUCCUCAUUUCCUUGCAAAUACUUCUCUUUCUCACCUGCACAACGCCGUCCGAGAGCGUCCCUCUCACCUCCUGCGGCACCACCAACUACACCGCAGGAAGUCCGUACGAAUCCAACCUCCGCAGCCUCAUCACCAAACUCGUCGCUUCCACGUGGAACUCUUCUUCGUCUUUCUACUCCACCGCCACCAUAGGAAGCUCGCCAGAUGACCAGGUAUUCGGCCUUGCGCAGUGCCGCCCUGAUGUGUCCGCGCCCACUUGUUUCGACUGCCUCAACAGCUCAGCUGCUGCAUCCGCAAAGCCCAACGGCGGUUGUCCUCUAUGCAAAUCUGCAGCCUUGCGCGCUGAUGAGUGUGUGCUCCGCUACUCUGACCAACGCUUCUUUUCCAUUCUUGAUAUGUCAUUAUAUGUCUACAUUAUUUACUUCGAGAACGCCUCGAACCCUGUAGUCUUCAAUAAGACAGUACAUGAUCUGAUGGAUAAGAUAUCACCAGAAGCUUCCGAGGCUGAAUCGAGGUUUGGAUCAGGGCAAACUAACUACUCUGAUCUUAGAGACAUCUAUGGAAUGGCUUGGUGCACCCAAGACCUAUCAAGCAGUGAUUGUCAGCAAUGCCUUGACGGGGUAGCGGGGAAGCUUCAGGUUGACAGGGUUGCUAGCCAGGUUAUGACGGUAAGCUGCAUUUCGAGGUUUCAGACCUCUUCAUUUUUGUCGGUACUUCCGUCGCCGCCGCCUCCUUCACAACAAUCGCAAACGCCGCCGUUUACUGCAGAAGGGGCUUUCCGGCCUUCACCGGCGCCGGCUGUUGACGGUGGUAACAGUGCUAACGCGAAAAGCAGCAACAUUGUAAAAAAGAUUCUUAUCAUUGCCCUUCCGAUUGCUUUUGCCUCGGCGGCGUUGUGUGUUUUCGUCCUAUUGAAAUUAAGAAAGAAGAGAGCACUGAAAAGACUGUCAACCGGCCACGACGUUUUGCCCAAGGAGAAGAACAUGAGAAAUACUGAAUCUUUGUUAUUUGAUCUGGAUACAAUUAUAAAAGCAACAAAUAACUUCUCUGAAGAAAAUAAGCUGGGAGAAGGUGGAUUUGGGCCAGUUUAUAAGGGUUUAUUAGAAGAUGGACAACAGAUAGCAGUAAAACGACUUUCAAGAACUUCAACACAAGGAUUUGUAGAAAUGAAGAAUGAGGUUGCUUUGGUUGCCAAGCUUCAGCACAAGAACCUCGUGAGAUUGUUGGGUUGUUGCUUGGAAGAAAACGAAAUGAUGCUUGUUUAUGAAUAUCUCCCCAAGACCAGUCUCGAGAAAUACUUAUUUGAUCCUAAUGAGCGACCACAAUUGGAUUGGGAAACCAGAUAUAAGAUUAUAGAAGGUAUCGGGAGAGGCCUCCUUUAUCUUCAUGAAGAGUCGCGUUUAAAAAUCAUUCAUCGAGAUCUGAAAGCAAGCAAUAUAUUGCUGGACAACAACAUGACACCAAAAAUAUCAGAUUUUGGACUUGCAAGGCUUUUUCGCAUCGAUCAGACGCAACAGAACACAGAUCGAAUUGCUGGCACAUUUGGAUACAUGGCACCAGAAUAUGCAAUGCAUGGUCUCUUAUCUACUAAAUCAGACGUGUUCAGCUAUGGAGUUCUGAUCCUGGAGAUCAUCACAGGCAGGAGGAAUUGCGUUUCCACAGACAUAGGACAUCCUUUAGACCUCCUAAGCUAUGUUUGGAAGAACUGGAAUCAGCUGAUGCCACUGCAAGUGGUUGAUGAAUGCCUUGGACAUGAAUAUCACCCUCAAGAAGCAUUGAAAUGCUUGCACAUUGGACUACUUUGCGUGCAGGAGGAUUCAUUAUUGCGACCAAGCAUGGCUUCAGUGAUGCUGAUGAUCAGUUCCGUCUCGACCUCAUUUCCAGCUCCGUCGAUGCCUCCGUUCUAUGUUGGAGGCAGUAGCCAUGCAGAUUCCGAGUCGUUUGAACGAGAAAUAGAACAAGAUAUUUCUAUGAAUGAGCAGUUGAGAGCAGAGUCUGCAAAUUCUGUUACAAUUACUGAUUUGGAAGCUCGGGCACUCUUUUCUCUCCUCCUCUCCGCCCUGCAAAUCAUCUUCUUUCUCUCCAUCAAAACCUCUUCCCAGAGCACUACGCUCCUCACCUACUGCUUUGGUGACAACUAUAACUCUUCAAGCCCCUACUCUACCAACCUCCAUCGCAUCCUCGCCGGCAUCACCCACUCCGUCCCCAACUCACCAUCUCUUUAUUCCACCUCCACCGCCGGGAACUCCUCCUCCUCUCAACUCUUCGUCCUCGCGCAGUGCCGCCCAGAUUCCUCCAAAGAACUUUGUUCUUCCUGCCUAUCCCGCGCGUCUUCAACUCUCAUGGCCGGCGUCUGCGGCCGCAACAAGUCGGCCGCCAUCCGUAACGACUACUGUCUCCUUCGCUACUCCGACAAUCGCUUCUUCGGCAUGUCAAUGCUAACGCCUCUUGAGGGCAGAUACGAAAUCGAGAACGCCUCUAAGCCCAAAGUAUUUUCCGGCAGGGUGAAGCGGCUGAUGCAAAAGGUUUCUGAUGCGGCGGCGGCUGCCGAGUCGAGAUUUGCCGCGAACAGCUCCCAUCAGAAAGAUGUGUACGGAAUGGCGUGGUGCACUAGGGACCUCUCUAGCAGCGAUUGCUUGCAAUGUCUCUAUUGGGCGAUGUCGGUGCUAGUCAUGACAAAGGUUGGAGCUCAAGUGGAGAGUGUGAGCUGUGCCGUGAGGUUCGAGCAAUAUUUGUUCUUUUCGCAGCAGUUAGUGUCGUCGCCGCCUGUUCCGUCGGCUUUUUCCGGUGAUGGGGAUAAUAGUGGGAUCGACGGUGGGACGGGUCAAAGAAACAAAAAUACAAAAAAGUUUAUUAUUGCUGGGACCACUGGAGGAGCAGUUGCCUUCUUGUUCCUCUCUGCAAUCUUUAUUUUCUUAAUAAGAAGAAGAAGGAAGAAGCCAAUAGUGUUGUCAUCCAGGAAUGCAGAAGAUGAUGAUAUAAGCAGUAAUGCAAUAAUGUCGCUUGAUCUAGCCACUAUUAGAUCUGCAACAAAUAAUUUUUCUGAAGCAAAUAGGCUGGGAGAAGGUGGAUUUGGGCCCGUUUAUAUGGGGGUUCUGAGAGGCGGGCAGGAAAUAGCAGUGAAAAGGCUAUCAAGGAGUUCAGGGCAGGGGAUAUUGGAGAUGAAAAAUGAGGUGGUUUUUAUGGCUAAGCUUCAGCAUAAAAACCUGGUGAGACUGGUGGGUUGUUGCUUGGAAGAAGACGAGAAGCUGCUUGUGUAUGAAUACCUCCCAAAUAAGAGUUUGGACAAAUUAUUAUUCGAUCCUGAUAGACAAAUACAACUGGAUUGGCCAACACGGUACAAGAUCAUUGAAGGUGUCUGCCGUGGCCUUCUUUAUCUCCACGAAGAUUCGCGUUUCAGAAUCAUUCACCGUGAUGUGAAGGCAAGCAACAUCUUGCUUGAUGCCGACAUGAACCCCAAGAUCUCAGACUUCGGACUUGCAAAACUUUCCGGCAUUAAUGAGCACGAAGGCAAUAAUACUACUCGCAUCGCUGGUACAUAUGGAUACAUGUCACCAGAAUAUGCUUUCCGCGGGCUCUUCUCUACUAAGUCUGAUGUGUUCAGUUAUGGCGUGCUCAUACUAGAGAUUAUAACCGGCCGAAGCAGCAGUUGUUUCUUAAGUGCAAGCAACAAUUUAGAUUUUCUAAGCUAUGUAUGGCAAUACUGGAACCAAGGAAUGGCACUGCAACUGGUGGAUCACAGCCUGGGCAGUGAGUAUCCACCGGAAGAGGCAUUGAAAUGCAUACAAAUAGGACUGCUUUGCGUACAAGAAGAUCCUAUAGAAAGGCCGAGCAUGAAUUCCUUAGCUGUGAUGCUUAGUAGACACUCUGUAACGCUUCCAGUUCCCUCAAUGCCUGAAUUCCUGCAGCGACUGCAAGUUAUUGUAGCGCAUAGCUCGGAGAUUGAUAUGCCGAGGAGCGAUUAUUCGGACCUGCGUGGCAAUCUGUCGACUAGUGAUUUCUUGAGUAGUUGUAGUGGGAGCUUCAGACUAAUAAGCCCUGCUUCUCCUCUUGAGUAGUUGUUAAUCGCAACGGAAGGGAUGCUGAGUUGUUGGAGAUUAUGGAAGCUUAAAUAGUGUAGCCAACAAAUCAAGAGAGGCUAUUGUGAUACAGCCCCAAGUCCGCCUACCAUACUGUAAUAUAAAUAACUAUUUAGUUUGUUUCUUGAUUUCCGGUUGUAUUGAGAUGAGCUGGACUUGUUUCUGCUGCAGCUCUGGAGGCGGGAUACCUGUUAGUUUAGCUUGAGGAAUUAUUAGGUGUGGAGUUCGGACAUAGAGGUAAGUUUGGACUCCAAUAAAAUAUUGACAUGUGGAGUAAACAUGUGGAUAUUCAAUUCGUUCGUGGAACUUUAAGCCAAGUGCACCAAAUACACAGGUAAAGCGCAGUCAAGGCGCAGUGAAAAAACGCAAUAAAAGAGCAAAAAAUGCAACUAAAGCGUAGAUAAAUCACAAGUAAAGCGCACAAAAAAAGUGCAACCAAAGUGCACUCAACAUGUCAAAUUUUAAGUGGAUAUCUGAAUGUAUCUCUACGUUUGAACUCUUCACCUAAUAAUUUCUGGUUUAGAAGGGAGGAUUGUUUUCUUGUAGCAAGUUCUUUUGUCUGAAAUUCAGUAAAAAUGAAUGUUCUUUCCAUUUGGUUCUCUUGCUGGCGGAGAUUUUUUAUUUUACUUGUAAGUUCUAUUCUUUAAUAUACGGGAUUGCCCAAAUUUUUCCAAAAAAAAAGCUGUACAGUUCUCCUGCAUUGGCACAGUUUUUCUUUUUUUUUUCUUUUUUUUUUUCUUUUUUGUUUGCCGUUCUUUUACACAUACAAGCAGGUUUUGCUGCUACAAAUCAUUGAAACUGAUUACCCUGUUUCAUGCUGACAUGAAAAAAUUGAUUUGAUAUUAAUGAUAUAAAUGCUCUCGGUCCCAAGAAAAUAUUUUCGAUGAAAGUUCUUGAAGAAAUGCUCAGUUGUCCCUGUGCUACUUAGAAUUCCACGUAACGCGGAUUCAAUGGGACUCUUAAAAUUCUGACAAAAUUAAUAUUUCUAUGCAUCUCUUAGGAUUUUAAAUUUAAAAGGAUUCAUUGAGGGGAGCAAAUAGAAACUCCACUUUCGUUUUAGCAUAAAUGUGAAUUUAUGUAUUUUGAGAUAUAUUUAGUAGCAACUCGUUAUCAUAGUUCAUCUCCUUAAUUUAUAUCAAAGCUUGUUUCGAUCUCAUUCUAGUGAGAAAUUUGAAAUAUGCCGACUGCAAAAAUUCAUAUAUAAAGUGAACAGUAAAAUACUAGUAAGGGAUUCAUGUCAUUUCAAGUGAGUUGUUGAAGGGAACUUAUCGAGUCUCGACUAGAGUUAUUUUAAGAGAAGAGCUUGUCCAAGGAAAGGGAUUAGUUUAGGAGAUUGAAACUGCUAGAAAAGAAAGAAAAAUUGAUUAGAGGAUGAUGGGCAUAGUAUAUGCCUUUUGGAGUGACUUGCAUCAUUAUUUUCACACCCAUAUGAUAAUAAAACAUCAAUUUGAUAGAUUUACUAGCAAUCAUACUUUGUUGUUAGAGGAUCGAUACAUAUCAUUGGGAGGAUCGAUACAUAUCAUUGGCGAUUUUUUACUACCUAGGUAAUUUUGAUGGAGGUGAACAUCUUAGGAGACAUAUAACAAUCAAUCAUAUAAGUGUAGCAGAUGAGAACCUAGAUGAUCAAAAGUUUGAUGUUUAUGAUUAAACUCUCUAAUGAAGCAUUAUUGAGCCUCAAUCCUAACUUCAAUAUAACAAAUUAUCAUAUAGCUAUCAAACUCAAAUUAGUCGAUCUCCUUUUGUAUGACUAAUAAACGAAUUGAGCUAGAGCUCCUUGUGGUGAUAAGGAGGCCUUGUCUCCAGUUCAGGGUUUUAUUGGAUAAAUUCAUGAUUGAGACGGUGUUAAUUACCCUUUAUGAUAUGAGACUUAAAGCUGAUAAAAUAAAUCGAUCAUUGAUAUGAAUAUUCACCGGGAAUAUGGCCACUUAUAUGGGUACCCGGUGAUGCAUGGAGGACUAGGGGGAUUUCAUUAAAUUUUUUGCAUUAGAUUAGUUGUCAAGGCCCAAUGUCACAUUUUGUCAAAAUAAGGGGUUGAUGAUGUGAGUUGUAGAGAAGAGAUCAUAUAAGAAAUAUUUUAAUAAAUAAUAAGAAUUCUCAAAGCUAUAUAUUUUUUCAUGAAUGAAUUUUUGGUCAGCCUACAAAGGCUUGACACUUUCUUGACCUUGUAGCCUUGCCCACUCUUCUCAAGAAAUGCUAGGAUACACAUUACAUAAUAUCCACUUCUAGAAUGCUGAAUUUUCCUACAUUGACUUAAAAUGAAUCUGAUAAGAAUUACAAGUUCAUUAAGUACCUAUUAAAUCUCUAUGAACCUUAUACUUAUUUUAUGUUUAAUUUAGCCAUAGAGAGGUUAUUAAACUAGAAAAGUGAAAAUAAUACGUAGAAAUUUUCUCUUUGGGAAUUUUGCGGUAUUGUGGUACAAUAUUCUCUACUAGUAAGUGAGAGACAGAGAGUAUUGUGAUGCUGAAGGGUUGGCACUGCAUCGUUGAAGUUUUUGUCUGAUGCUAGAACUUCCCUUGGGAGCACUACGAUUCUGGGAAUAUGGAACUAUGACACUAGGUUCUAUAUUUAGAUGUCAGUGUUUUUCCCUUGAGAGCAUUGUAGAGCUAAGGAUAGUAUCAUUGAAGCACUGUGUUUACCAAUAUCAAAAUCCAUUUUAGAAAUUGCAUAUUUUCCUUAUUUUCUUCCCUUGGGCUUUCGCCUAGAGAGAGAAGGAGAUAAUCAUAGAGAGAGAAAGCAGGAUUUGGAGGUCGUAGAGCCAAUUUCACUCAUUGAGCUAGUUGAUGAAGUUGCUCGUCUUGAGGUAGUUUACUAUUACCCUACUUCAUAUUUCAAUUUCGAAGCUUGUAUGAGUAUUUUUUGUGUUUUAAUUUAUUUGGGUUUGUAUAAAUACAAAUUUAUGGAGAUUUAGAAUGUUUUUAUUAUAUGAUUUUU